ACGUUGAGUUGAGUUGUAGUUUUGGUUAAUAUAAAAGAGAGGCUUUAAUUGGGACUUGAUAUUGAGAACUAAAUCCAACUGCUGGGAAGGAGGGUUUAUCACAGAGCGUAGGAUUAGAUGAAAGGGAAAGGGUGAAGAACAACAUAAGAUAUUCGCUAACUAUUUUUCGUGUUUUGUUUUCUGAUUUUGUUUCGUUUGCAAUUGCAGUUGCAACUGCUACACUAUCUAUCCGAUCAAUGUUGCAUGCAGCAUCUGCCCCAGGCCUUUGUUUAAGCUAUCCCAGGAACAUUCGUCAUCCUCGUUAUUUGAAAACACCUUCUGUUAAAACAAGACAUUCUGUUCGCUGUUCGGUAUCACAGACAAGUAAUGGAGCUAAAGUGGAAUAUACUCCUUGGCUCAUUGUUGGCUUGGGUAAUCCUGGAAACAAAUACCAUGGCACUAGGCACAAUGUUGGAUUUGAAAUAAUUGAUAGCCUUUCUCAAGCAGAAGGGAUUAAGAUGAACACAAUACAGUCAAAGGCCUUGAUUGGAAUAGGUUCCAUCGGAGAAGUACCAAUUUUGUUGGCAAAGCCCCAGACAUACAUGAAUUUUAGUGGGGAAUCGGUUGGGCCACUUGCUGCAUAUUAUCAAGUACCCUUGCGUCAUAUUCUACUAGUUUAUGAUGAAACAAGCCUGCCAAAUGGUGUUUUAAGGCUUCAGCCAAAAGGUGGACAUGGACAUCACAAUGGAUUGAAAAAUGUGAUGGGCCAUUUGGAUGGUUGCAGUGCUUUUCCUCGACUUGCAGUAGGAAUUGGAAAUCCUCCUGGAACUAUGGACUUGAGAGCAUUUCUUCUACAAAAAUUCAGUUCUGUGGAACGAAAGCAGAUUGAUGCUUCAUUGGAGCAAGGAGUUGUAGCUGUAAGAACAGUUGUGCUUAGAGGCUUUGACCAGCAUGUCAAUAGAUUCAAUUUAGGGCAAAAGUACAAGUACCAUAAAGUGUAAUUUCACUCAAAUGGAUGAGCCAGUUUUGGCUUAGAUGAAAUUGAUGUGUAUGUUAGCAGAUAGCAAUUAUACCUCAGAAACUUGUCAUGAGUCAUGAAUAGUGCAUUUUUUUGUAAAGCACAUACACCAGUCAGUGGUCAUAUUCUAGUCUGGAAGAUGUUGUUGCAUAGACCAAUCAAAGAAAAUGGAAAAUGGUAGGGCAUGUGGAAGCAA